AGUGUGAAUGCUUUCAGACGAUCCACCUGAACCCCACUCUUUUCUCUCAAGAUUGAAACUAUUCAAAUCUACCUUCCUAGACAUAUGUCCUACUGUCUACACACUAUAUUCUUAUCGAGAUUGAGGCCGCACUCAUAACUAUCCAACUACAGCAGGAUCCAGUUCUCGGACUUACCAAUGUCCACAAAGAUGCGGCCACAGCCGACAAAGGAAGACAGGAAUAUUAACGAUGCUUCGGGACAAAAGCAAGAUCCUAUUGAGCGGAGAAGACUACAAAACCGGCUCUCACAACGCAAUCAUCGGCGUAAAAUCCGGGAUCGCAUUGCCAAGCUUCAAGAGCGCGUUAUUGCGAGUGAACUACGAGCGGCAGCCAGCUUGAAUGGCUGGGAUCAUCCAAAUACACUCACACCAUCGCCAGUAGACCGGAUGCCGCCUGUGUUCGACCCCGAAGGGAACGCCUCAUCGCCCAUCCCAGAUGGUUCGUCGCUGCUGGCAUCUACAUAUUUGCCUCAAUCCAGAGUGGUCUGUUCAUCCUGCAAUAGCGCUCUAGGCCCGAUACCUGUCUUUUCCCCGCAGCCGCCCUUUCCAUCCUCAUUAUACGAUGCCACAAAUGAACUUGACGCUACUACCUCGACUGUUUUCCGAAACAGCCUUUACUAUCCACGAUCAAACUCCAUCAACCCCGAAAUGCAGAAUAUGGGCAAUCUUUAUCCAUCAAUGGACUCUAGCGUCCCGCCUCUUUGCGAACAAUGGAACGGCCCCAUCCAAUACCCAGGCGGGUCGUACUAUUACAUAGCAACAGAGACAUCCCUCCCACAAAUUAUGCAUGCCCUGAGUACCGGGCCCUCACGCCCCAAAGCGAUAAUCGUUCUUCCACAAAAUAAUCACCCCACGGGGCUGCCGCCCGCCUUGCCUACAUCGCAGUCAUCGCCUCCCGGAACUGCAGUUGAGCUGCCAGCGUCGUCGAGCCCAUUGAGUAUACAUGAUGCCCCAUGUCAAUGUCAGAGCCAGGGUUUGAUGACACCGGGUGAAUGGGUAAGUUCAGGGACAGCUGCCCCUAUCUGUCCGGUACACCAGAUGCAGACUGGGGACAAUCUGCAGUUGAUGAUGCUUUGAUGGCCUACGACAUAUACACGAAACUGGUUUCCAACACGAAAAAUAGAUGAAACCCAGGACGGACAUAUUUACGGACUA